UAAUUUUUUUUUACAUUUUUUUAGUCUUUUUUUUUUUUACUUCUGACGUGUAAAUCUUGGCAGCUUCUCUUCCAGAGAUCUGGAUUUCUUUGUCUUGGUUCUGCAGGAAACUUGGGGGACAUUUCCAGAGGUUUAACGCUAUUUAAUGCUUCCGGAAAUAUUUGAAUUUCAUGAAAUUACUGUUGUGAAUUAGCUUCAUGCCAGGAGGAGGCUGCCCUGCAUUGCUUUGUGCAUUCUUUGCAGUACACUGGCAUCCUGGGAGCUGCAAGCACAGUCACCAAGGGGCAGUGGAUAUGGGUCAGUGGCUCCUCUCUGAAUUCCUGCUGUCACUUUCCCUUGUGUCAGCAGUGGGACCCUCCUCCAGAAAGAUCUAGCACCAUCCUUAGCACCAUGGCACAAGCACUGGGAUGCACUGAGAUGCAAUGAGGACACCCCAUACAAGUGAUGAAGUUACACUCUUUGUAAAUUUCCUGUUGCUGCUUUUUUUUUCUCCUGCAGUCUUAAGUCAUGAACAGAACAGAGUGCUACAGAAAUACAAAGAGCAGAAGACACGGGGAGGGCGGAAGCCUGAGACUUUAACAUAAAAGCACAGUUGUCUAAUGCCAGAGAAAGGAAAGGAGAAGUUAUUUGACUCCCCUGCUGACUAGAAUCCUGUGAGAUGUGGGAAAAUGGGGCCAGCUAUGAGAUAAUCGAGCUGAAGGAUCUGAAGCCGAGGGAUGGCAUCGAUCUGACGCAAAGCUCCCGUGGGGGGCACCGCCUGGAGCGUACCAAUGCUGUCAGGAUCCCUCCAAGCAGGACACCCCCUAUUCUGCAGAGGAGCCUGAGAAGGAGAAUACUUGGUGGGCAAGGUGACAUACUGCCACCUGGGAAAGCAGGAGAGGGACAUUAUUUCCAGCCCACAUCUAACACUCAGCACACUUGGUGUGACCUCUGCGGGGACUUCAUAUGGGGCAUCUACAGGAAAAGCCUUCGCUGUGUGUACUGCAGUUUCACCUGUCACUAUCGAUGCCGCGCUCUCAUACGAUUAGACUGCAGCAGAGGGACCGAUUUAGAGAGUGAGAGUGACCCAUCUGAAGAGACCUCAUGGGAGAAAGAAUCAAAUGUGGACGAAAAGCCAGAAAAGCAGCCGCAGGCCCUGAGCAAGGCAGAGCUAGAACAGAAAAUAAAGGCUUAUAAUUCUCAGAUAAAGAGCAAUCUCUUCAUGAGUCUGAACAAGGAUGGCUCAUUCACUGGAUUCAUUAAAGUUCAGCUAAAGCUUGUCCGGCCCGUUUCUGUCCCAGCUUCCAAGAAGCCUUCGUGUUUACAGGAUCGGAAAGGUAGCGGCCGCUCUCAGCCAAUCAAACGCAGGACCUCCUUCUACCUUCCCAAAGAUACUUCAAAGCACCUGCAUCUGAGCUCAAGGACGCCGGCUAGUGAGGUCAUUCAGGCACUGCUGCGGAAGUUCACUGUGCUCGAUAACCCCAGGAAAUUUGCUCUGUUUGAGCGGACAGAACAGGAAGGGCAAGUGUCCUUGAGAAAGUUAACGGAUGAAGAGGAGCCACUGAAGCUGCGUCUUCUCUCAGGGCCAUGUGAUAAAACUCUGAGUUUUGUGCUUAAGGAGAACGAGACAGGAGAAGUCAAUUGGGACGCAUUCAGCAUGCCGGAGCUGCAGAAUUUCUUACGCAUUUUGCAGCGUGAGGAAGAAGAGCACAUGCGUCAGAUUGUGCAGCGUUACACCCGUUGCCGGGAGAAGAUGCAGGAAGCACUGGCAUCCCGCACCCCUGGCUGAUACAUCCAUCUGACUCCACCAAAGAGGAGAGCAUGAAGACAGUGAGGCUGAGGCUAAAAACGCAAGCACGGUGUGACUGAGACUGAGUGCUGGGUGAAGCACUUCCUGAAGUGCAUGGGAGAGGGGGUGAGCCUCCCUGGGAGAGAUGUGAGUGAGCGCAUAAGAGAGUGUGUCUGUGUGGAACACGAGAUACUGCAUGUGUUCCUGUGAGAGAUGCACAAUAUGAAGGAGGCUGAUUGGUGACACUAAGGAUGCCAUUUAUCACUUGCCAAGCUGCACAGAGUAUUCAGAAGCACUAGUGUAUGCACUCUGCUGCACGCUUUGGAGUCUCUGAUAAAUCAGCCCCUUCAGAAAAGCGAAUGCUGGAUAUUGACAUCUUGGCAGAUUCUUGUAUGUUUAAAUCAGGGCCCCUAUAUGGCAGAGCUGAUGUCACUACAUAGUUAUACCGGUUCCGCCUUUACAGGAGCGAAGUGACACGGUGUUUCCCUGCCUGUGGUGCCUGCAUUGUGUGAUCUAGCUGUGCUUUUGCACAUGCAACACAUAAAGAGUUCUGCUUUAA